GGUGAUGAAUAUGCUACGUCGGAUUGAUAGGGGAGACUGCUGAUUGAUUUAUUCAUGACGCUCUUGUGCCAUUGCGAUAAUGCUGGAUUUCAUGGAUUACAUCCAGCUCGCCUUCGCUGAGGGGACCAAUUGGAAUCGCGACAAUUCGUACUCGUCGCUAACAGCCACUGCGCAGUCACUUCUCGACUUCACCACCCCCGAGCGCCUCCGCGUCCACCUCUCCUCCCUCUCAACCCCUCAUUUCGCAACCAGCUACACUCUCGGCACAGUCGGUCUAAUUGACGGCUCCGUCUCCUACCUCUACAGCACCCUCCCAUUCGACAACACCCCCAGUCGAAGUGCCCUGAUACCCCUCCGAAAACUCACCCCGGGCUACCGACAAGUCCAGCGCCCAGCCGCCCCGGCCGAGAACUGGGCAUGGAACUCGAUACUUGAUGGUGUUGGUGAUUUCUCGCCAGCAAGAGACGAUGGGAAUGAUGCGGUUACUCGGCAGAAGGCGACGCUGCUCCAUGCGACGCUUCAUCUGCCACCGCCAACGACGCUGAAUGCGUUGUUCUUGCGGAGGAUUUCUCCGACGAUGCAGUUGGCGCUCGCGGUGUGCUCGACUCGUGGGCCUCCGUUGUCGAAAUCAGCGCCGCAGGCUUCUCUGCUGACGCAGUUGUCUCAUGAUACGGGGAAGUACAGCAAUGAGUACCUCUUCAGCACGGAUAAUGCACUAUUCGGUUGGCGGGGGCUGUGGAAUUUCGGCCCAGACCCGCGAUCUACUACGAAGAACGACUCCUCCGCAUCACAAUUAUCACUCCUAUCCGCAGGCGCAGAAGCAUACUACUCCCCUAUCUCCUCUCUCAUCGGCAUGUCCACAGGCCUCCGAUUCAGCACCCUCCCUACACCCGAGACAUCCAGCCAACCCUCCUCUCUAUCUACAUCCACUCAAUCAUCAACAAACGGCACCCCAAUCUCCACCUUCCCCUACACCCUCACACUAACCCUAACCCCUCUAACCGGCUCCCUAUCAACAUCCUACUCCCUCCGCGCCUCCCCAAACCUCUCCUUUAGCUCCCGCUUCGGCUUCAACGUCUACAGCUGGGAAAGUGAAAUGGUAGCGGGCUGCGAACUCUGGCGCAAGCCCAGCAAAUCCAUCACCGAACCCGAAGACGACGGACUUGAAUGGGCGAGGCGCAAAAUGCGGGAGAAUAACCCUGCUUUCCCGCCUGUUCCGAGUAAUGCGAAUCCCGCGCCGCUAAAAGAGCGAAAAGAAGAGGAGGAAGAGGCUAGUGACUCUGUGCUUAAAAUUCGGGUUGAUCAGUCGUGGAAUGUACGGUUGCUUUGGGAGGGUAGGGUGAAGGAGUUGUUGGUUAGUGCGGGUGUUGGGUUGGGGCCGAGUUCGUUUUCGCCGGCUUAUGGGCCUGGUGGUGGCGCGCAGAGUGUUGGGGGUGGUGCGUCGGCGUCGUAUUGGAGGAGUGUGGGGGUGUCGGUUUCGUAUUCGUCAUGAGUACUCUGUACUAUGAUCUAUUUUGCAUAUGAUUGCGCAAGUAAAAUGGGAAUGUAAAUACUUCUAUGGAUCUUCAGUUACGAAACAUAAAGUGGUAGUCACCAAAACGGAUCUCAUUUUAAUUCGUCUAAAUUUUCAUCACAUCGCGGUAUUGGUAAUCGUAAAUUAAACGGAUCGCAUCAUAAACCUAUCGCUAAAUCUUUACAGACGAGAGUUGACAAUGUCGACGACUGUAACUGUCAGAUAACUGCUUGAUAAAAUCCAAUUAGAGAGGAAAGAAACUUACAUGCAGGCUUCAAGCUAGCACCGCCAAC